AUGGUAGUGAGGGCAUUUGAUGGAACUCGUAGAGAAAUUAUGGGAGAAAUUGAGAUACCCUUAGAGGUUGCAAAUGUAACUUUUAAUGUGCCGUUCGUGGUUAUGGAUAUCUCACCCACUUAUAGUUGCCUGUUAGGAAGACCUUGGAUUCACACUGUGCGAGCCAUUCCAUCAUUGUUGCACCAGAUGCUCAAUUUGUCCAAUAGUUCUCCUAUUGAUGCUCCGAUGGAGGGGAUUGAAAGUUCAUUUCAAUCUUUUGAAAUUGCUAACGCUAGCUAUGUGAAGGAAGGGCGUUCUCCCCUGAAGCCGUAG